AUGGCGGGCGGCGAGGAGAAGGCGAAGAGCGAGAGGCUCGGGGGCGCGCCGAUGGGGGCGACAGCCACGGAGAGGGGCGAGGCGCUUCCCUUCGCGCGCUCGAUGCCGCUCGACAUCAGCGACGUGGACGCCGUGCUGCAGCGGGCCGCGGGGGCCAACCAGCUCGCUGUGGUGGCGUCCGUCUCCUCCGACAACACUCACCUCCUCAUCGACCCGCCGGAUGCGAUGGGGGAGACGGACGACGAGAGGCGGGCGCUGCGGAAGGAGCUGGAAGCGCUUCUCGCCACCAUCCCCAUUGUCCCUAGGCCUUGCAGAUUGCCGUGUGAUAGUCAGAUCACCGGUGAGGAGCUUGAUGCUUAUGAGCGGUGGGAUUUCCUGAUGUGGCGAAAGAAACUUGUGAGAGUGGAGCAGGAUUAUAAUCUUGUCUUUACCCCAUACGAGAAGAAUAUUGACAUCUGGAGACAGCUGUGGGGAGUUCUUAAAUGCAGUGAUUUGUUGGUUAUGGUAGUGGAUGCUCGAGAUCCAUUAUUUUACCGCUGCCCUGAUCUUGAGGCAUAUGCAAAGGAAAUUGAUGAGCACAAGAGAACAAUGCUCCUUGUUAACAAGGCUGAUCUGUUGCCGUUAAAUAUCAGUGACAUCAUUUUACAUUUGUUUAAUGCAGGAAGAGAUGGGCUGAUUAUUUUAAGGCACAUGAUAUUCUCUGUGUUCUGGUCGGCUAAGGCUGCCACUGCCACAUUAGAAGGCAAGAAGUUAAGUGGAUACUCUGAAGAAGAAUCUGCUUCACUUGAUUUGGAUACCAAGAUAUAUGGUAGAGAUGAACUGCUGAUGAAGCUGCAAGCUGAGGCAGAAUCUAUUGUAACUCAGAGAAGGACCUCAGCUUCUGUAGAUGAUCAGGAAGCCAGUUCUUCAGAUUCUGUUUCUUCAGUGGCUAAGCAUGUAGUUGUUGGAUUUGUUGGUUAUCCAAAUGUUGGAAAGAGUUCAACAAUAAAUGCUUUGGUUGGGGAGAAGAGGACUGAUGUUACUCACACACCUGGCAAGACAAAACAUUUCCAGACACUGAUAAUCUCUGAAGAGCUCACUCUGUGUGAUUGCCCUGGUCUGGUCUUCCCAUCCUUUUCAAGCUCAAGGCAUGAGAUGGUGGCAUGUGGUGUGCUGCCGAUCACUAGGAUGACAAAGUACCGGGAAGCUAUUCAAGUGGUGGCAGAUCGUGUCCCAAGGGAUAUCCUUGAGCAGAUUUACAAAAUCACCUUGCCGAAGCUAAAGCCAUAUGAACCUCAGUCUCGGCCGCCAAUUGCUGCUGAGCUGUUGCGGGCAUACUGUGCUUCUCGUGGGCUUGUCAGCCAAGCCAGUCUGCUGGAUGAGUUCAAGGCUGCUCAACAGAUACUGAAGGAUUAUAUUGAUGGUAAAAUCCCACACUAUGAACCCCCUCCUGGUGUAACAGACUCUGAGGCAGAUUGGGAACAGAUAUCAUGUAGUCCAACUACUUCAGCCAAUGAGAUGGGCACGCAUCAGCACGAAUUCAGCUUACCCAGAUUUGACGAGACUUGUCAAAAUUUGCCUACACCCUCUUGGAAGAACAUUGACACCUGCUUUGACACCUGGAAGCAGCUCUGGAAAGUCCUCAAGGGCUGUGAUUUCUUGCUUUUGGUAGUUGAUGCACGAGAUCCGUUACUCUCCCGCUGCCCAGAACUUGAGGCAUAUGCAAUGGAAAUUGACGAACACAAGAGAACAAUGCUCCUUGUUAACAAGGCUGAUCUGUUGCCGUUAAAUAUCAGGAAGAGAUGGGCUGAUUAUUUUAAGGCAAAUGAUAUUCUCUAUGCGUUCUGGUCGGCUAAGGCUGCCACUGCCACAUUAGAAGGCAAAACGUUAAGUGGAUACUCUGAAGAAGAAUCUGCUUCACUUGAUUUGGAUACCAAGAUAUAUGGCAGAGAUGAACUGUUGAUGAAGCUGCAAGCUGAGGCAGAAUCUAUUGUAGCUCAGAGAAGGACCUCAACUGCUGUAGAUGAUCCGGAAGCCAGUUCUUCAGAUUCUGUUUCUUCAGUGGCUAAGCGUGUAGUUGUUGGAUUUGUUGGCUAUCCAAGUGUUGGAAAGAGUUCAACUUUAGAUGCUUUAGUUGGUGAUGAGAAGGCGACUGGUGUUUCUCACACACCUGGCAAGAUAAAGCUUGUUCUCUAUGAUUGUCCUGGUCAUUUUUUACCUUCCUUUUCAGUCUUAAGUUAUGGUUUGUUACUAGAAGAGGGGAUUAGUUUUGAACAUAGAGGAAAGGUAAAUGAUGGCUUGGGUGGGAUGACCAGGAGGUUGAAGGUUUUAGCAGAAGAUAUCAGAGUCUGGUUGCAGUCCACUUGUGAAGUCAAGGUUUUAAUUGAGCUCUAUCUCAAGGUUGGAAAAGGAAUUGCGUGGUUGAUUGAUGAAAAUGAGCGUGGCAUAACUGAAGUGACAAAACUAUUGAAGAAUAUGAUAUGUGAUUUUGAAACCAUUAAUGCCAAUCUUGAGUCAAAGAAAAAUCUAUCUAGAAAAAUAAAUGGGGAAUCGGUCAAAGUAUUCGAAGGCCGCUACUUACAGGACUUCAUAAUAGUGAAAUUGUGGAUAGUUAAACAUUUGGAGUUCUUAUUAGCUAAGUUGUCACUGUGGAAGGGUGAUUCUAGCCCUUCUCUUCUUGUUGAUGAUGUUCACUAG